AAGCCAAGUAACGAAGGAUCAGAUGACAAGAGAUUGCAAGGCACAUCAUCCAUUAAUAGUACUUAUUUCAAAGGUAAUAGCAGAUAUCCAUCGAAUACAAGUAGGCAGGAGAAGAAGUACAAUAAUAAAAAGAAUUUCAAUUACAAACCCAGAGAAGAGGGGCAGAAUCAGUUCUACAAAAGAAAUAUAUAUGGGCACUCAUAUCACCAAGACAGAGGUAACAAGUUUCAGGGUAAUAAGUACUUUGCCAAUAAAUAUCCUUCUGAUAGAUCGAGUAUUAGAAAUGGUAGUACGGAUGCGCUGAGUAUAUAUACUGUAAAUGAAAGCAUUCCUUGCAAUAGCAAAAAAGAGUUUAGCACAAAUGUAAAUGAAAGAGAAUCUUUAAAUGUAAAGGCAUCUAGAAGUAGGGAAUUAUUGAGUGCAGGCAAAGAAACUAAUGUCGCUGAUGGUAAAAAUGUACCAGAUAAUACGGUCGCAGAAUCGAGUUACUACUACUGUAAGCAACCGUACGGCAAUCAUAGAAAUAUAAAAAGAUAUCAAGACAAUGGCCGGUACAAUAGAGAAGAAAAUUGUUAUAAAGACAAACGACGUAAUUAUCAGGGAUACGGUAGAGAAAAUUACAACAGAGAUGAUAAAUUCAAAGCAUGCGGUAGCAAUGAAUUUAAGGAAUGUUCGAACGAAGAAACUGGAUCAGACACGAAGAGAACUAAUGAGAAAAGGCAUAAUCAUCAAGGAUACUACAAUGAAUUUAGAGAACACAAAAAGGAUGGCAGAAUAGACGUUGGUAAAGAGAAAGGGAAUGAACAAGUUAGAAGUAAAAAAGAAAUGGGAGAAAAGAAUUAUGUUCAAAAACGGAGAGAGAAUAAAAAGUCGCCAAUCGAUGAUGAUUCAAGUCAGAGGGAAAGAUUAACAGAUCAACUAAACAAGGGCCAUUUAGAAUGCCUAGUAUGUUGCGAAUAUAUUAAGCAGAGCGAUUACGUUUGGUCAUGUUCCAACUGUUACCACGUUCUACACUUAAAGUGUACUAAAAAGUGGGCGAAAUCGUCGCAAGCAGAGAAUGGUUGGAGGUGUCCAGCGUGUCAGAACGUGAACUUAAUAAUCCCGGAGGAUUACUUUUGCUUCUGCGGUAAAACGAAAGCACCCGAAUGGAAUCGUAGAAGCGCCGCGCAUUCGUGUGGCGAAAUCUGUGGUAGGAUGUUAUCGAAGAAUAGCUGCCCCCACAAGUGCUGUCUUCUGUGCCAUCCAGGAUCCUGUCCGCAAUGCGCGGCGAUGGUAACGAGACAUUGUGGCUGUGGCAGAACCUCACAAACGGUCCAGUGCAGCAAUCACAAACUGUUGCUGUGCGAUGCCGUGUGCGAAAAGGAUUUAAACUGCGGUAAACAUAAAUGCGAGAAGAAAUGCCACCAUGGAGAAUGCGCAAUAUGUGAUAAAACGAUAACGCAAGGUAUAUUCAUUGUUAAACCAACUGACAGAUUUU